AUGGGUUGGAAGUGGUUGGGUAAAGUUUCCUACAUCCUAGCUGCUUUCAAUAAAUUACUGACCGUGGACUAUCUCAAAUCGAGCAGUGUUGACCCAGGUCAUCAUGUAACGGGCCCGUUUCUCCCUCAAACACCUUUAGGCACAUCAAAUCGCACUGCGAACUCGAAUCUCUCACCCAAGCUCAACUCCUUUCAAAUUCAAAGAGAGAGCUGGUCGAUAUUUGUCCGGUGGGCAAUUGAUCCAUAUCUUUCAUUCAAGUUACUUUUAAUUCCUAUAGUCCUGUUUCUGAACUGGGAACUGCUGUCAUAUUGCAGAAUCAGCGUCGGAAUUUAUAACCCAUUUCAAGGCAUUUUCCUACUCUCCGGCUACAUACCGACUUCGUCGCCAGACGAUCCACGCUAUCGAAAGUCUUGGUGGGACAUAGCGUUCGUGGCCUAUUAUAUCGUCUUCUUCUCUUUUGUCAGAGAGUAUCUGAGUCUCAAAGUUGGCCGACCUUUAGCAAACUACUUUCGUUUAAGGCGCGAGUCCAAAGUUGAUCGUUUCGCAGAGCAAACCUACGCUUUCUUGUACUUUAUGGUAUUUGGCGCUUGGGGAUAUCGCGUUAUGACUCAGCUUCCAACAUAUUGGUAUAGAACCGAUGAAUUCUGGAAAGGUUACCCUGAAUGGGCACUAAAACCUGAGCUCAAAAGAUAUUAUCUCAUGCAAUUUGCAUACUGGUGGCAGCAGCUUCUCGUCCUUGUGUUAGGCUUAGAAAAACCACGAAAAGAUUACUGGGAGCUCGUUGCUCAUCAUCUUGUCACAAUCUGGCUUGUCGGAUGGAGCUACAUCGUCAAUCUCACAUUUAUAGGAAAUGCCGUGUUUAUGAGCAUGGAUAUUCCUGAUUCUUUCUUUGCUUUUUCAAAACUGCUCAACUACAUACAAUGGAACACCGCCAAGGUCUACUCGUUUGGCAUAUUCUACGUUAUAUGGUCAUAUUUCCGACAUUACCUUAAUCUACGAAUUCUUUGGUCUGUUUGGUUUGAGAUACCAACACUCGUUCCGUCUUGGUCCCAGAACUGGAAUCCGUCUGAAGGCAUUUACAUGCCCCGCUGGAUGCAUUUCCAGGUCUUCCUCCCCUUGUUGAUCCUGCAGUUCCUGAACCUCUUCUGGUACUACCUCAUAAAUAAGGUGCUAAUUAGGGCUCUUUCCUCCAGCGACGUUGACGACAGCAGGUCGGACCAUGGAGAAGAUACAGAAGACGAGGGUUCCAACGAUAAGAAAACCGAUUAG